AUGGCGACCGUUGGAAAGAGUCCCUCAGCACCUGAAGAUGAGGGUGAUGGAGUCGUAAGCUAUCGGAGUCUGCUUCACUCGGACCCCUCCCGCCACGUUGAUCAUGAUGAUUCUGUCGACGGCGAGCUAAGACCCCUUCUUGGCCCCUCGAUUGCGACCGCAAAGUCCCCGGGAGUGGCUCGAAUUGAGGCCAUCAACGCAUCGUUGACUCGAAAUGAUCGCAUGCUGAUGUUCAUCGGUGUCUUUCUUGUUGGCUAUGCCUAUGGACUGGAUAGCCAAGUACGCUCUACAUACCAAUCAUAUGCAACAUCCAGCUUUGGACAGCAUUCGCUCCUGGCGACUGUUAAUGUGGCUCGCAGUGUGAUCGCAGCAGCAGCUCAACCGGCAGCAGCUCGCGUCGCGGACGUUUUUGGCCGAUUCGAGCUCGUUGCAGUGUCUAUGGUAUUUUAUCUGAUCGGAACCGCAAUAGAAAGCUGUGCGACCUCCAUUGAAAUGUUCUCGAUGGGGACAGUGUUGUACCAGCUUGGCUAUACCGGAAUCGUGCUGCUGGUAGAGAUUAUCAUCGCUGACAUUACUUCGAUGCGCUCUCGUGUGUUCUUCAGCUACCUCCCCGCCACACCUUUCAUCAUCAACACGUGGAUCAGUGGAAACAUUACCGAGGCCGUUGUUAAAAAAACCGGCUGGCGAUGGGGCAUUGGCAUGUGGUGUAUAAUAUACACGGUUUGCUCAUUUCCUCUUCUGUGGACUCUGUUCUAUACCAGUCGCCGGGCGCACAAGACUGGCGCAUUGAAACAUCACCCUAGUCCCUUCCGCUCGUUUGGACCGCGUGAUAUGGCUUUAUAUGUGUUCCAUCAACUCGAUCUGGUUGGAAUAUUCCUCAUGAUUGGCAUAUUUGGCUUCAUUCUUGCGCCCCUCACAGUUGCUGGCGGUACGCGAUCUCAGUGGGCGUCACCUUUUAUUAUUGCACCUUUAAGCAUAGGGUUCUUGUGUAUACCCCUAUUUAUAUUAUGGGAGACGCGAGGCGCAAGAUUCCCUUUGGCCCCGUUCCAUCUUUUAAAGGAUCGUGGUAUCUGGAGUGCCCUUGCAAUCAGAUGCCUGCUCAAUUUCUCUUGGUACCUCCAAGCCGACUAUCUUUAUACAGUUCUGAUCGUUGCAUUUGACUUCUCAGUGGCCGCAGCCACUCGGAUCCAGUCCUUUUACUCAUUCUUUGGAAUGGUUAGUGGUCUGUUAACAGGGCUGGUCAUUUUCAAGACACGCAGGUUGAAAUACCUGAUCGUUUCUGGGACGUGUCUUUUCAUAGUUGCCUAUGCCUUGGUCAUCUACUUUAGAGGCGGUGCAUCCGAGGGAUCAAGGGCUGGCGUGAUAGCGGCUCAGAUCCUCUUGGGCCUCGCUGGUGGAUUCUUCGCCUAUCCAACCCAGGCAUCCGUUCAGGCCGCUACAAGCCAUGAGCAUAUGGCAGUCUUAACAGGAAUUUACCUCGGCUCUUUCAAUAUUGGCAGUGCCCUUGGAACUUGCGCUUCCGGGGCUAUAUGGACACAAACACUAUACAAUUCUCUAGCUGCCAACCUGGAUUUUCAGUCCAAUACAACUCUUGCUCGGGCUGUAUAUGAUUCCCCAUUCGAAGUCAUUCCAUCGUAUCCCAUCGGGAGUCCUGAAAGAUCUGCCAUCAUUGUCAGCUAUAGAGAGAUUCAGAAGCUUCUGUGCAUUACUGGUAUAUUUAUCGCCGCUCCAAUGAUCCCGCUUGCGUUCAUUUUACGGAAUCCCAAACUCUCCAAAGAACAGAGCCAACCUGAAUCGGACAGAGAAGGUUGA